AUGACGACCGGUUCGUCAUCCCUCUUCAAUUUUGCUCUUGCUGCUUUUGGAUACCUAGCACUCUUUCAAGGCGUACUCGAUAUUGUCCUAUUAGUCGGACUCUGUGCCGUGAGGAGCAGUCCUUUGAUCCAACAGUUGCUUGAGACACAAUUCCUCGUGUACUUCCCUCGGGCUCUCGAGGGCAUCUUUGUUUCCUUUGCCCUCCUCCAAGUUUGUCGAGUCUUCUGGUCAAGAUCCCCAACCCCAAAAUGGAGUGGCAUUGGCAAGGUGCUCCUGUUCCCUUGCCAGACUACCCAUUCAAGGUUCUUCCCUGAGAAACAUUCAUUUACACACUCGUAUCUCGUUGUUGGAAUUCCCGUGGGUUGGGAAGGUGCCGCUGGCGGCUUAGUCUCAGCGGGAGUCAAGCAGAAGGGGAACAGUGGGAUCUUGGCAUGGUUUUCUUUGAACCAGAGUCAAAGGAAAGGGUGGUACGAUACGGAUGCUGGAGAUUACCUCGAUCGGGGAAAGUCUCAUCUCGGGCUGCGAGGCAAGCUAGAUGAGUUCCUCAAAACUCAGGGUGUUGAUCCGGCUAGCUUUCCACAUGCCUAUCUGAUCACGGCUGCCAGGUUUCUUGGCUAUCACUUCAAUCCCGUUUCUUUUUGGUACCUGUACGACUCAGACAAGUCCCUGGCAGCUAUGAUAUUAGAAGUCAACAACACAUUCGAUGAGAGGCGGAUGUAUUUCCUGACGCCUGCAGAUGAAGACGCGAUGGCCGAAGUUGAAGGAUCCCCCACCUCGAGCCACACCGUUGCAUCAGGCAAGAUCCCACGCACGGUAAUGAAACAGGUCUGGCCAAAAGAACUACACGUCUCUCCGUUUAACUCGCGGAAGGGGUCUUACUCUUUGGUUGCGUAUGACCCCCUCCGCCCCUCCGAGCCUGGCUCUCGGUUGAUCAACAACACCAUUACGCUGAAAUCCUCGAAAGGCCAUGGGAAGAUCGUUGCUCGGCUCUUCUCCGAUGGCCCUCCCAUUGACCCAGCGUCUCUUAGCUGGUGGCAGAAACUCAAAUUCCUGGCGUCUUGGUGGUGGGUCGGCUUUGUGACUUUCCCUCGAAUUGUCAGCCAAGCUUGGGUCUUAUUCUUCCGGCGCAAACUCCAUGUGUGGUACCGGCCCGAGCCCCUCAAGGAGAGCAUCGGCCGCAGGGCGGAUGGAACCGAGCGCCGUUUGGAGCUUGUUUUCAGGAGGUAUUUGCGACAUCUGGUUGAGACAUCUGACAUACCCGUCGCUGUGAAAUACAUUCCAAGUGGACUAUCAGACGGCGCGGAGGAGUUGAUGCUACCAAGGGUGCUACGCGACUCAGCCUCAGAUAUCCAGGCCCUAGACUUCAAGGUCUUGACUCCGGUGUUCUACUCGAGGUUCGCCUGUUACGCUCACGAUCUUGAGGCAAUCUUCUGCGAGUUCAGGGAGAACUGCACAGUGUGGAUCUCCCAUCCGGAGAUGAUACCAAGGCUAUUCUUGAAGGCACCCUUGCCUCCGCUGAAGACAUCCAACUACGUCGACUUUGCCUACUUUAAAGCAAUCCAAAGGCUGCGACGGAAUCCGGAGAAAAUCGAGAGGCCCCUCACAUCUAGCGCUGCAGCUACGGCGAGGGGCCAGGAGGCUGACAUACGAGGCUUUCGCAUGUCUUCGAUGGACAGUUACGUUCUGACAAGAGAGGAAACCGAGACCAAAAACACAUACAGAAGCGCCGUCCUAAAACUGUUUAUCGCAGAUAGGAUGUCCCUUGGCUUUAUGCCCUUGCUCGAGACUCAGCGCCUCGCGAUACAGAUGUGUAUGGCGUGGAUCAUAUCAAGUGCUGUCAAGCAGGCGAUCUUGCAGGCAUCCUGGUACGGAAAAAGCCAGCUCACAGCUUGA